AUGGAUGUCAAGACCGCUUUCCUCAACGGAGAACUCAAAGAGGAGAUCUAUAUGGAACAACCGGAAGGUUUCAAGGAUCCCAAAAGACCCAAUCAUGUUCUUAAACUCAACAAGGCUGUGUAUGGCUUGAACCUUGGUCUCUACGUGGAUGAUAUUCUCCUUGCGAGUGAAGAUCCCAACCAGAUCAAGAAGGUAAAGGAGGCUAUUUUUAAUAAGCACAAGGUUAAAGAUCUGGGUAUCGCAAGAAAGCACUUGAGUAUCGACUUUGAUACUGACCAGUCUGGUGUUACGUUGCAGUUAAUUUCCACCACUAGGAACGAUUUUCCACCACUGGGACCGUGA